CACGCGCACGAAAAAAACCCUCUGCCUUAUCCCUAACCCGCUCUCGUCUCCCUCCCUAGGACGCAGCCGCCCACCGAAUCAAAUCCCGUCGUCGGGCUCGUCUGCCUCGCCGUGGCCGAUGAAUGCGUCGGCUGCGGCCACGCCCCCUCUCCAAACGGCGGCGAUGAUGGAGGGAGCAGCUCACGCUGGACAGGCUCCCGACCGAACGCUUCGGGUCAUCUCUCCUCGGGGCCAACCCCUCCUAUUCAUCGCAUCUCUCCCUGACUCCGUCUCCUCCACGAGAUGUAGCACCACCCCACGCCAUGGACGCCCUUGCCGGCUGCAUCUCUCCAUGCGCCGCCACUCCUAUGACACCGCCGCCCGGCAGUCUCCACCAGCACCACGACGGGCGUGGCCUCUGCACGCGCCGUCACCUCCCCUCCAGAUCCGGACGUCGUCGAGGGCAUGUCCAUCCAGCAGUGCGCCGUCACCUCCCCUCCAGAUCCAGCCGUCGUCAAGGGCGUAUCCAUCCAGCAGCGCGCCGUCAUCCCAAUCAUCACCGUCCACGGCGUCAUCGCCCAGGCCCAGUCAGGGGCCGGCAAGACCUCCAUGAUCUCCCUCUUCGUCUGCCAGGUCAUUGAGACCAACGUCCACGAAAAAGAUGCACACAAAAGAAAGACAGAUGAACCAUCACAAGUCACAUAAUCAUCUGUUCCUGGUUUAUGGCAAGGGGUACAGAUGAUAGGAGGAAGGAGAGAUGAGGUCACUUUCUUAAUUCGAAGCAUCACAAAAG